AGUAACCUAUCAUCUGUUUCAAGGCUCCUCCCUCCGUGAAUAUUGGGAGACUAGAAACCGAACAGUCAAACAGACAGUUGGAGACAGAUAAUGGCUACACACUGAUAACAGACGGAUUUAAAAUCUCUUGUGAGUAGCCGAGCUAAAUUUUGGAAGCCACCACCUCGGCAAACAUAUAAAGUAACGUAUGUCGCCUGUCAUAGGAACAGUACAGUCGUGUAUGCUUUUGUUUUAUCCUGGAAAAUAAUCCAGUGGUCUCGAGUCUACUCGCGGUUAGAAAGUGGCGUGUUGGAAUUUAUCUGGAAUGGGGAACGACAAAGUUUGUAGGAUGUUUUCCCAUUUGCUGGUUCUGAUUAUUUUUGCACUUUUACCGCAAGCAGAUGGUCAGUAUGGUGAGCGUGGAAUGUCUGUUCCUGAACAUGGCUUUUGCCAACCUAUUUCCAUUCCUCUCUGUACGGAUAUUGCCUAUAACGAGACUAUCAUGCCAAAUUUAUUAGGGCACACCAACCAAGAGGACGCGGGGCUUGAAGUGCACCAGUUUUAUCCGCUUGUGAAAGUUCAAUGCUCUCCUGACCUGAAGUUUUUCCUCUGUUCCAUGUAUGCUCCCGUUUGUACGGUGCUGGAACAAGCACUGCCUCCGUGCCGCUCGCUCUGCGAGAGAGCGAGGCAGGGCUGCGAGGCUCUGAUGAAUAAAUUCGGCUUCCAAUGGCCCGACAGCCUCGCCUGUGAAUCUUUCCCUGUUCACGGAGCGGGUGAGUUGUGCGUCGGGCAAAACGUGUCUGAUAGAAGCGCUCCUAUUAAUCCUACAUCGGAUGUAACAGAAUCACCUUAUGGGCAGCAUAGGACUGUAAAGGGACAGUUUAGAUGCCCAGUUGCAUUGAAAGUACCCCCCUAUUUGAACUACCGUUUUCUUGGGGAGGAGUAUUGUGGUGCACCUUGUGAGCCCUCAAAACCCCAUGGCAUGAUGUACUUCGAUGAGGACGAGUUGAAAUUCGCCAAGAUAUGGAUUGGCAUAUGGUCUGUGUUAUGCUGCGCGUCCACUCUGUUCACGGUUUUGACCUACUUGGUUGACAUGCAGAGGUUCAGCUACCCAGAGCGACCCAUCAUUUUCCUAUCAGGCUGCUACACUAUGGUGUCAAUAGCCUACAUCGCUGGCUUCUUGUUGGGGGACAAGGUGGUAUGCAACGACCGCUUUGACAGCGACGUCAAAACGGUCGUCCAAGGCACCAAAAAGGAGGGUUGCACCAUUUUGUUCAUGAUACUUUACUUUUUCAGCAUGGCCAGCUCCAUCUGGUGGGUCAUCCUAGCCUUGACGUGGUUCUUGUCAGCCGGGAUGAAGUGGGGUCACGAGGCCAUCGAAGCCAACUCGCAGUACUUCCACCUGGCGGCAUGGGCGGUACCUGCCAUCAAGACCAUCACCAUCCUGGCGGUGGGGCAGGUGGAUGGCGACGUUCUGAGCGGCGUGUGCUACGUGGGCAUUAACAGCGUGGAUGCUCUCCGAGGCUUCGUUCUGGCGCCGCUCUUCAUCUACCUCUCCCUGGGCACCUCGUUCCUUCUGGCAGGCUUCGUGUCGCUCUUCCGCAUCCGGACCAUCAUGAAGCACGACGGCACCAAGACGGAGAAACUGGAGAAGCUCAUGGUGCGCAUCGGUAUCUUCAGCGUGCUCUACACGGUGCCCGCCACCAUUGUCAUCGCAUGCUACUUCUAUGAGCAGGCAUUCAGGGAACAGUGGGAGAAGAGUUGGGUGAGUCGGACGUGUAAAAACUACGCCGUGCCCUGCCCCGGGCACCAUCACCCGCAGAUGUCGCCAGACUUUACCGUCUUCAUGAUCAAGUACCUGAUGACGUUGAUCGUGGGUAUCACCUCUGGCUUUUGGAUUUGGUCGAGUAAGACGCUGAAUUCGUGGAGGAGAUUUUAUACGAGACUGGCGAGCAAUACACAGGGUGAGACGACAGUGUGAGACCUUAUACUGUUUGUUAUCCCCUGAACAUAUCACAGAUACAUGAAUUGAAGAAAAGGCUACUGGGACACACUCAAACGAAAAAAAUGUAAAUACACUUCUGGAUAUUUUUGUAUGUAUAUUUGUAUUUAAAAAAGACCACACAUUUGAUUCUCAUCAAUCACACUUUGAUCUAAAAGGAAGAAAAGCUCUUAUCUAGUUCAAUUAGGAGUCAACAAGGUUCUGUUGGACUUUUGCUGUAUUUUAUGGGUCAUAAUGAUCUCAAAAUCAGUCCGUAAUCUGUCCACUAUUUCAAACCUGGAAAUUGGCCACUUUUUAUAGUUUAUUCUCGUUUCUAUUGACAUCUUUGUUUUACCAUGUGUUUUCAGGGGAUGUUUGAGCAUUCAUUUGUCUCUCCCCAUGUGUGUUUUGGGGAAAUUUUACCAUUACAGUGAAUGCAGACUGCUCCAAAGAAAUAUUGGAUUAGGGGUUGAGAUCUAUAUCCCAAUGUGUUAACAAAAAAGGCCUGUCGCUAUUGAACUAUUUUGAAUUUAGCACUCAUUCAAAAGCCUUUUACUUAAGGGGAUAGCUUCAAAAUGAUUACUUUCUCUACCCACAAGCUAUACAACUGGAAUUGACUUUGACAAUAAUGGAAUGCUCAGUCCAGCGCCUUUGUUUUAAUGAAGAGUGUAUGGGUGGCGUAAUUGUGUUUGAAGUCCAAUAAGCCAGCUGUCUACACAAUUAUCCAACAGCUGUUGAUCAACCUCUUUCUAGUCACCAAGGGAUUGUUCUCUGGUGACUUCAAGCACAUUAUUCUGCUUAAAUGGGUGAAAAUGUACUAAUACCUCACCCCACAUGGCAUCCUUGAAUAAAACAUUCUCAACUUUAA